AGUAGCUUGUGCUAGCCGUUGCUACCUUGCCUCGCGCAGUGGUCUGUUUAUUCGUUGUUUUCCUGCGCUUCAGUCAACGUCGUAAGAAAACGAGAGCCUUUGCUCUGGUGUUCUGAUGAAACAUGGAGAAGGAGGAUGUGGUCGUGGCGGUUAAACGGAGCAGCUCGGAGCAGAGGAAGCUGCGCUCUCGUGAUGCGGCCAGAUGUCGGCGCAGUCAGGAAACCGAGGUGUUCUACGAGCUCGCCCGCACCCUGCCGCUGCCGCGCCGAGUCUGCACUCACCUGGACAAAGCUGGCAUCAUGAGGGUGACCCUCAGCUUCCUGCGAAUGCAGCAGCUCCUGCGCCCCGAACAAGGUGUGGAAGAGGAGAAGGACGAAGAGGAGAAGGACGAAGAGGAGAAGGACAAAGAGGAGAAGGACGAAGAGGAGAAGGACGAAGAGGAGGACAAAGGGGAGAAGGACGAAGAGGAGAAGGACGAAGAUCCGAUGGACGGGUUCUUCCCUCAAGCGCUGGCUGGCUUCAUCAUGGUGAUGACCGAGGAGGGGGACAUGGUCUUUCUGACGGAAAACGUCAACAAGCACAUCGGCAUCACACAGCUGGAGCUGCUGGGUCAGAGCAUUUACGACUUUGUUCAUCCCUGUGAUCAGGAGGAGCUCCGAGACCUCCUGACUCCACGUCCAGGUCUGAGUAAGAAACUGAUGGCAGAACAACCGAGCGAGAGAAACUUCUUCCUGCGGAUGAAGAGCACCCUGACCAACAGGGGGCGCACCGUCAACAUCAAAUCUGCCACCUGGAAGGUGCUCCACUGCACCGGCCACAUCCGUCCAUUUGGCGGCAGCUCGGCGUCGCCCCCUGCAGCCAGAGUGAUGACGCUGCUGUGUGAGCCCAUCCCUCACCCGUCCAGCGUGGAGUUCCCCCUGGACACCUGUACCUUCCUCACCCGCCACACCAUGGACCUGCGCUUCACUCACUGCGAGGGCAGGGUCACAGAGCUGGUGGGAUACAAACCUGAGGACCUGAUUGGACGCUCAACCUACGAGUUUUAUCAUGCGCUCGACUCCGAUCGCGUCAAGAAGAGCCUGCAUACACUGAUCUCCAAAGGUCAGGUGAACACCAGCUGCUAUCGCUUCCUGGCCAACAACGGCGGCUUCGUGUGGGCGGAGACUCAAGCGACCGUCCUCUACAACAACAAGACGUCGCAGCCUGAAGCCAUCGUCUGCCUCAACUUCAUCCUCAGUGCUGUGGAGCAGCCAGACGUGGUCUUCUCCAUCGAGCAGACCAGCGGUAGACUCCUGCCUAAAAGCGAACCUCUCUCCCAGGAGCACGACGCAGACGACAGCGGGAUAUCCGACACCUGCGAGUCCGACGGGGAGCCGGUUGGCGAGAAGGACGUCGGCAGCGGCGACGUUGAGAAGCUCUUCUUCAAACUGAAUGAGAAGCCAGAGGAGCUCCUGCAGCUGGCUCCUGAGGCAGGAGACGCCAUUGUGCCGCUGAGCAGAGCUCCAGCCGAGCUGUCAUUCUCCAGUCCCCAAAGUCCAAACACCGUUCCGGACCAUCCUAAAGAUCUGUGCAGCCCACUGCUGAGGCAGCUGCUGUCGCCCAUCUUCGACGGCCUGAAUCCGGGCCAGGCCUCCUCUUCUGAGCCCGACCUGAGCCCCUGUGAGGAGGAGGUGAUGGACACCAGCGAGGUGGAGAAGUUCUUCACCGUCUGCCCAGAGGAUGUUCAGAAGAAGAAACGAGGUGCUAUAGAGGACAUCGAAGGACAGGAGCUGGAGAUGUACGCGCCUUACAUCUCCAUGGACGACGACUUCCAGCUGACCUUCCUCAGCGAUUUGCCCGAGGAAGCAGACAAGCCCUCGACCCCGUUGUUUGAAAGCUCCGAUGUGACUCCUGCAGUGACCGUUAGCAGGAAGAGGACUCACGCCUCGGACAAAGAGACGACGCCUCAGCUGAAGAUUCGGGACAAGAGACAGAAACAAGAUCCGUCCUCGAUAGAAGAAGAACUUCACCUCAGCCACAGACUGCUGGGUUCCCUGGAAGACACAGACCAGUCGGAUCUGAUACUGGACUCCGGACGCAGUCAGCUGCUCACAGACAGGGAUCCGGUUUUGGGAGGCGUGUCAGAACUGUGCGACACUGCAGUGACUGCAUCUGUGUCUCCUGCAGCUCUGAUGAGGGACAUCUUCACUCCUCGUCCAGCUGACCUCUCGCCGCCGCUCUCACCGAUGACCUGAAGUAGCUCCGGAGUCGGCUCGACCUCCGCAACCAGAGCGAGAGAAGUCGACGCUGAAUCUGUCUGCAACAACAACUCAGCAACUUAAGCGCACACAUUUAAACAAACCACAAACCUGUACGCACAAGAUUCUUGACUCGCACAUACUGCGUUAACCAUGCUGUAGGGGUGGAGCUGACCUCGUCGCUUCUAGCAGAACCGGGACGCUCUAGAAUGUUGGGUUUUGUCGUCAGUCUCGCUGUGAACCUGUGAGCCGCUUGGCGCCGCCUGUCGCCGCAGUCUGUCGGUGAAUAAAUGUGAGAAAUCCGUUUCCUGGGAAACGCCAGGUGGUGCUAACUUCCUCCAUCUGGAACAAAGGUUGAGCAGUGGGGACACAUUUGAAACAUUUCUUAGUGCAGCUAAAUCAAAUGUAUCACGUUUUUCAUUGUUUCGAAGGUGAACAGUCACGUUUCAUUUCUGAAACAUUUUCACAAUAAUCUGCUGUUUUAUUUUCCUAAUUACACCAAAAACCUUUCAAAAAAAAAAAGCAGCGAAUAUCAGCGGCAAUGCUGAUCUCAGUGGCAUGUUUUUCUGACUUUUUAUACUUUUCCUUUUUAAAAAACGAUGCAUUAACCUUAGUUUGAGUUUAUUUCACAUCUUCAGUACAAACCCAGGGUCACCAGCCACCUGUAAAAUCACUCUGGUGACGUUUGUUUUGACCUUCCAGACGUGCCAGAGGGGCGGGGCUCAUCCAACACUCCCUAUAAGCUAAUGCGAAGCGAUCAAUCACAGAAAAUCUUUAGUAAUUGACUUCCAGACUUCCCAGUGACUCAACCGCCUCCUCAGAGGAGCCUCAAACUGGAAAAUUCAGCAGAUUUUGUCCAGAGUUGAGUGAAAAUGAUGUACUUUACUAACCCGCUUUACUGAAGCCAUUAUUAGCUAAACAAAAGUAGUGUUAGCAUGUCUAUGCUUGUUAGAAAUGUGAUUAAACACUAGUGUUUUCUUUUUUCCAUUAAGUUUGAUUUUUAUGACGUGUAACAAAUUAUACCUCAGAUGGCUGAACUGAAAGUCGACUCGUGUCUCAGCUGCAGCGUGUUUUAAUGAAUUAACCCAUAAAUCGACGUGAAACGUUCAACAUGAUCGAUUCAGAAGAUGCAAACAAACCAAACUUCGAAUAAAAACUGCCAGGUUGUUUCGUACACAGCUCUGUGCCUCCUCUUCAUGCAGUAAAUCUUUCAUUUAAACUGUUACCUUCACACUGAUUCUGCUCUAAAGUUCUCCUGUAUUUUACUCUUUAGAGGGAGAGGGUUCAUCAAUGUUUUCCUGAAUCUUUACUGUUUAUCCUGUAUGUACUAUUGAAGUAAAUAAAUCUGUUUAAAAAAAAAAAA